GCGACAUCGAACGAAGGAGACGCUGAUUUUCUCUAUUGCUAACAAUGUGGGCAUAUGAAUGAUAACUCACGUUGUUUAUAUAUGGCUGACUUUACCUGGAAGGAAAAAUAAAUCUGGCUGAGCAGAUUUCAGAGUCGCUUCCCCAUGGAGUGGCCCCCGCGAACCUCUUUUGCUGGUCAGAAGCGGAAAAUUAACGAUGUCAAAUCUGAGGAUGAGGAUGAGGAGGAUGUGAAGCCCGCGCUUGGUUUUCGCGGAUUUGCACCUUCAACGAUGACACAAUCCCCAUCUCCUCCCCCUACCAUGAACGCGAAAUCGACCCAUCGCCCAGCAUGGACAAACGGCGGCGGCUCCAGUCCCAGAGGACAGAACCGGGCAGGGAAGGGCGGACCUAGUGGAAGUGGCAAUACAUUUGCCGCCCGGAUGAUGGCUAAGAUGGGAUACAAGGAGGGUCAAGGCUUGGGCGCCAGUGGCCAGGGAAUGCUCACCCCCAUCGAAACUGUAUUACGACCGCAGGGAAUUGGUUUAGGCGCCAUAAAGGAGAAAUCGCGGCAAGCAAAAGAUGAAGCGAGGCGCGAAGCUGCUAGGAGGGGAGAAGUAUUGGAAGAUAGUUCGGAUGAGGAGCGUAGAGUAAGACGGCGGCGGAAGGAAGAACGGAAGAACGAGAGUGGGAGUGGCACGAGUACCCCAAGAGGCCCUGCGAAACCAAAGUUUAGAACUGCGCGCGAGAUUGAGGCGGACACGGUUGGGUUGGAGGUUCCUAAUGUCCUCAAGUCGUUGAUAGAUGCUACUGGCAAGGAGCAGAAGCUAUUGACCUCGACAGCUGGAUUGAUGACGCCGCUGGAGUUCGUGAGCGCGGAUGAGAGCGAGGCUCUGAAGAUUGCCCGGAGAGCAAGGAAUGACCUUGAAGCUUUUGCAGAUGAAUGGAAGGCACUUACGGAGAGAAGGAAGUUUGUGGAACUUGAAGAAGACCGGGUGGUACAAGAGAUGGAUACGCAACAAACGAAGAUCGAGCAACUGUCGUCGUUAACUUCCGCUGCGGAAGCGUUGGAGAAUUUCAGUUUUGAUGAUGGCCUGGCGGUACGAUGGGAGCAAAUUACGCAGAGGUUGGAAGUGUUGGAAAUCCAAUUCGAAAGUGUAAUUGAUGAGUAUGAGCUCUCUGAGCUGGCUGUUGCGGCGAUUCAUCCCCUUUUUAGGGAAUCUGUGGAAGAAUGGGAGCCGCUAAACGAUCCCACAAAUUUGGUCUCCAAUCUCCAACGACUUCAGACUAUCCUAUCUCGAAAACCUCGCAACAUACAGGAGGGCGAUGGUAGGCAAAAACAUUCUACCACCCCCUACGAAACCAUGAUAUAUACUAUAUGGCUGCCAAGAGUCCGAACCGCUAUUCUCAACGACUGGGAUGUGCAGGAUCCAUCACCUGCAACCACAUUGAUAGAUGCAUGGAAAGAUGUGUUGCCCGAAUUCAUCUACGCUAAUGUUCUUGACCAGCUUAUUGUCCCAAAACUCAGUACGGCAAUCAAAGAAUGGAAGCCACGAAGUAGUAAGAAACGAAAUGGGCCUUCAUCCCAGGCAUCCCAGUUUCCAUGGUGGCUCUUCGACUGGCUACGAUACUUGGACGAACGACACACAAACCCUAAAGCGCCAACGGGCCUCCUCUCAGACGCAAAACGAAAAUUCCGCGUGGUACUGGAUACCUGGGAUUUGGAUAGGGGGCUUCCUAGAGGCCUUGAAUUUUGGAAAGAAGCGCUUGGCUCAGAAUUUGAGGCAGCAUUACGAAAUCAUCUCCUCCCACGUUUAGGCCGACACCUCCGUGAGGAUUUUGAAGUGAACCCACAGGACCAGAACCUGGAUCCGUUCGAAAACAUCUUGAAAUGGAAAGAUUAUUUCAAACCAACCGUCAUCGCCCUCCUCCUUACUGCUGAAUUCUUCCCUAAAUGGCAUGCCGUGCUCCAUCUCUGGCUAACAUCAGACCCCAACUACGAAGAAGUUGGCCAAUGGUUCUCCUGGUGGAAGUCGCAAGUCCCCGAUGAAAUUAACGCCGUCGACGAAGUAGUCGAGGAAUGGGAACGGGGGCUUGAAAUGAUGAAUCUUGCACUUGACCUGAGUGACAGGGCAAAGACAGAACUGCCGCCACCAUCCACCAGUCAACAGAGACAGCAACAAAGAGACCUACGAGACCAUAUCAAGCAAAAACCAUUCCCUUCGCAAGUACCCCCAGCUACCUCCAAACCCCGACCAGCACCUGCCAAGCGUAUCGAGGAGCCCACAUUCAAAGACGUCGUGGAAGAAUGGUGUGCGGAUGAGGGACUUAUCAUGAUCCCACUGCGCGAAGCACAUGUCCAGAGCGGCCUGCCGUUAUUCCGUAUUACGGCGAGUGCCAAUGGGAAGGGUGGUGUGUUGGUGUACCUCAAGGGGGACGUGGUAUGGGCGCAGAAUAAGAAGGCGAGAGACAUAUGGGAACCUCUUGGGUUAGAUAAUGUUCUUGUAGCACGCGCGGAGGGGAAAUAACUUCCUUCGCCAUUCUUAUCAAGCCGUUUUUUCAAGGCAAGACUUUUGAUUUUAUUUUAAUACCCUUCACAUUUAUGAUCCCAGCCAGGCAGGGCAUGUGGGCAGUGUGCGAACAGCUUGUUGUAAAGGAGAGGGAAUUUAAUGUUGCUCUAAUAGGAGUUUUCUGGGGAUAUUUCUAGCUAAUAAUAUCUUAGAGUGUAUGAAAAAGAAACGAAUAACUGUCUAUUCCGUGCCGCUAGCUCCUUCGCGGGAUGACCGUUCAACAAUAGGAACAAUGAAAUUUAAGAUUUAAUCUUGGGAUUCUAUCAAUUUACUACAAUAUAUAUAACCAACAUAAUAUACUCGUAUUUUGUGGUAUCGAAUCUUGAAAGUAGCCGAUCCCUUCUGGCAUGUACAGUACAUGCAUCUCUGGAAAAUAUGUAACUAGAAUAUAUAACUUAGCCAUUUCCCC